AUGAGAUUAACAACCCAAGUGAUAUUGGAUGCACCAUAUAUCAUAAACCCCGAGGGAAGUACAGUUCUUCAGCUUCGUGGACUAAAAAUUCCCCUUAUAGAAAACUUGGGGGUUACAAAAGAUGCUUAUGAUGUGAUUGACCUUGUAGAUAAUCAACUCAUCGAUAUUAAGAACUUCCCUAAAUUAAGGAAUUUAAGGGGUCUUUUACUAGCCAGGAAUAAUGUGGUGAGGAUCAGUCAAUUGAACCUAGGAGAAAAUUUACCAAAUUUGGAGUUUAUAACUCUAGUAAAUAAUAAUAUUAAAAGCUUUAGCUCUAUAAAAGGAUUGACAAGUUGCCCCAAACUAGCUCACAUAUCGCUAAAUGAAAAUGCCAUAACGGAACAAUCCAACUAUAGAAUAAUAAUGGCCUGGUUAAUCCCCUCAUUAAAUGUCCUAGAUUUUAGUAAAGUAAAGCAAUCGGAAAGAGAGCGCGGGUUGGAAAUUUUUGGAACCAAGGAAGAGCCUACCACACUUGGAAAGCAAGUACUAGAAGGCGUCAACAACGGCAGCGCUGACGUAAUUGUACAAGAAGUCAAUAAAGAAGAUAGAGACUUGAAAACAGUUGUGCAAAGAUUAAGUGACGAAGAGAAAGCGAAGUUGGUUGAAGAGUUGGAAAGUGCUGAAAGUAUAGAAGACAUUGAAAGAAUCGAGGCUGCCUUAAGGCAAUAA